CUGCUUUCACUAACAAAUUUUGAUCAAAACUUAACACACACUCACACCACAGACGCACUCUUGUUGGUAAAAUCGUUACACUUCUUGCAUAUCAGUUUGUGAUUUUUCUCAUCAGUAGUAAGGUACCCGGGUGGAUCAGAACCGGUGGCGCCGCGGCAGAGGACAGAUCUCGAACCAGAUGCUUUUCGUAUAUGAAUAUAUAUUUUUUUAAAUUGCAGUUAUGCAUAUGUUAGUGUGUAAGUAGAGUUUUUUGGGGAUUAAAAGAGUAUAUCGGAAGAGGAGCAAGCGGUUGAGCCGUGCACAGUCCACUUGGGCUUGGGAUAGGCAGGUCAAGGUCAACAUAGAAAUAUUUUUUUCCGUCUAUCUAUUUAACAACAGUAUGAUAAUCAAAAAGCUGGCAACGGGAGAGAUAAUUGUGUGUGUUUUUCAACUUUUCAACUAUCCUCUCUGAUGGCUUGGAAUUAUGCGUUACCUCAUACACGGACUAUAUGAGUAUCCCUGCUAUUGGCCGGUGAAAGCGAAAAGGGAAGCGAUGCCUAAAAAUCAUCAAUCGAAUUUAUCAGUAGCCACUACUAGUAGUUGAAGCGGUAAGAUACCGACUCUAUUUUUCUGUCCGUCAGUUCCACAUUAUCCAUGCACACUAGCCCUGUUUACCGUAAUGGACGAUGUACUUAGACGCUCCUCAUAGGAAGGAAAAGAAAGUAUGUGUAGAAGGAGAAGAGGUAAAGUGCAUAUUCUAAUUGUUUGUACAAACUAGCGAGAUGGGAAUAUUAACACAUUUAAAUGAAUUUGUUUAAACGAGAGAAUAAAAACCGUUGCGAUUGUUCCUUUACAUCACUUGCAGUGGUAGGUACGGUGGUAGUAAAGGUGAUAAGGUGUUUUGUUUUCCCGUUGUUUUUCUUCUCCCUUCUACUCAACGUUUCGCAAAUGAUGUUAUAUCCAAUUAAGAAGCUACUUAGCAACAUCACGGUGUUGUAUGUGUACAGUGAUUCUAUGCUUACUUCUCAGUAGAGCGUAACCUAGCAUUAGGCGGGCUCUUAUCGCCCGGUUAGUACGUAAUUCAAUACUGUUGAUAGGUUAGACUGUAGUUUUGAGAAGAAUUGAAACCAACCAAACACACACUCACACACAAGGAAUAUUGGGCUUUGCCGGGGUUGUCCGAAGCACUUAAAAGUUGAUCGAGUGAGACAGUUAAAGCUGGACAACGUUGGCAACCAUUUCCUUACAUUGUAUACAAAACCAACCCAAGAAGCUCAGUCAGAUUACGGCUGUUUAAUGAAAGAAAAAAAAAACUUAAUUUAAAAUUACCCUAUCGCAACCCAUCCAAAACACGGAAACACGGAAGGUCGCCGGGGGAUGCUGGUUGCAUAGUGGUUAGUGAACGGUACAUUUGUAACCCGCGAGUAAGUACAUACGCUUAAAAAGGUAGAUAAAUGGAGAAGUUUGCAAUAGUAGUGCGAUCACGUAUGUCAAAUUUAGUCGUUAAGGAACAAUUAAAAAAAAAACAGACGCAUGCUCACGACACCACACGGUCGAUACAUACAUCUCCCCCCCCCAGAAUUGGGCAACGAGCAAAACAUCUCCCAGAAAUCGCAGCUUCCAACCUAAUGUUAGGCAGGUAUGAGAUCUCACUUUAAAAGAAGCGAACGAAAAGUUAAAGAUGUAGGAAAUGUAAAUACAUAACAUUGGAAAUGGAUGCAGUGUAAACCAUCCGCCAUAUUUAUUAACCACGUUACUCACACGUUAUUAAAAGAGCAACACAAAAAUGAAAGCAAAAACCCCACAUUACAAUAUAAUCACGACAGUAAGAUUAAGCAAGAAGAACAUUCCAUUGCAAUAAGAGGAAAGUAGAAAAAAAGGUUUAACUAGAAAGCAAAAACUAAGAAAAAAAAAAGAAAUUAAGUAUAACGUUGAAAUAAGUAUGAGAAAACAGAAAACGAAAGCAAAAAAAAACAAGUAAAUAGGAUAAAAGUAUAUUUAAAGUUCGUGUAACACAAAAUAGUAAACCAAGAAAAAACGAAUGGAAGAAAGAGCAAAAGGAAAAACAAUAAACUUUCUUAGGUAACAGUUGUUAAACAGAGGAAUAAAACAAAACAAAACAAAAAACUUAUUCUGACACAUUCUGACAGCGUGUUUACGAAUCACUGCUUAAGGUCACGGGAUAGAUUGUUGUUGAUUUAGUUCUAAUCUAAUAUAAAACACAAAACAGUGUAAGCAAAUAAUAGAUUAUAUAUAAAACAAAAACGAAAGAGAGAGAGAGAGAGAGGGAGAGAAAGAGGGCGCAAACACCUCAGAGAACGAUUUAUCUGAACCCCUAAAGUUCGUGCUUAGUUCGACCAUUGCGUUGUCGAUGUUGGGUUUUGUUUCAGUUUCACUGAUUACGCUUCUGUCACAGUUCGAUCGUCACCCGUGUGAUAAACCGAGUUGACAGAGCGAUUAAGAGUUAUACACCAAAAAAAAAAAAGAUAACGAGAAGACAAACAAAUCUUAUUAAAACAAGGGCAAAAGAAGAGACGAGAUUGUGUCACUGUACAUAGAAAGUGGAAGAAGUGGGGCAAAGUGUUACAGGAAAGUAUUGUUACAUUAACUUCACGUUCAAUAACGCUUAUUGCCAAACACGCGACCCCAGCCUAGUAAUGCAGCCGAUUGUUAUGCGAGCUUUAGAGGCGUUAAAGAAGGAUUUUUAGCUAUAUUUUCCAGAGUGUACUUAUCAUUGCUUACGCUACGUCAGACAUUAAUUCUUGCUUUCCACCUUGGCUUAGUAGAUCCAUUUGUUUGAAGAAGACGCUUAGACAGAGAGCCUCCAACUGACGUAUUAAGCUUCCCGGUCUUCAGUGUUCAGGGAACCAGCUCUGCGAGACCUGACCCAACAUAAACUCUCGUAACAGCUCUAGCCGAGUCCGGAGCCGUACAUCACCGUAAAUAGAGCAACGAAGCAAUAAAUGACAAUAGCCACCAUUAUACGCGCCAACUGGCCAAUCUAAGCAAACCACUGCUAGACUUCCCAUAUCGGCCCAAAACUUGCAAAACUUACCCCUUUUAAUCCUGUUCCGUUCUCCACGGAUGGCCCUCGAUGGCUUUGAUAGGUGAUUAUCUACUUCAGGUCGUGCGUCAAAUCAAAUUAACCAAUCAAAGCUCAUCGUGACUUCGCAUCAACACACUUGCGUGGAAUAUUGCUACUGUAUCAACGUAGUGGAGGGUAGGGUAGGCGAUCCAGCUGGUCUGCCGAAGCAUCUUUACGCCGGGUGAAGGUUGAUUGCCUUCAAUUGCCGGUCCCUUGCGACACAUGCAGCCUCAUCACAGCUGGUGAAAGGAGCAUCUUUUGGGCAUGAUGCGUUCCUGCUGGCGCGUUAAGUGUGUCGCACGAUCGUGUUGGAUGCCGGUUUUUCGCUUGCACUGCGAACAUAUGUUCACCGACACCUUCGAGCGGGUGGUAUGAUGUUAUCUUGUUACGUUACGCCAUACGAGCACGUUCUUCGGGAGCGUUUGUAUUUCAAAGGCCUAAAGCGUUGGACAAAGAUUUGAAUUUGUAGCUCUACGUUGGGAAGUUUGGCGACAGGAGUUAUGAGGGUUAGAAUUAAGUGUCAACAUAAGAAAUUGCUACAGCUUUGGGCUUUGAUAUUAAUUUUUUCCCGAAUAGCUAUCUCAAACAAUAUUUUCAUAUUAGUUUUCAUAAUAUUUUUUAAAGUAUUUAAGUUUCUGUACAAACAGCAUAGUAACACAUUUAAUUAAAAUUUAUUUAAAAACAAGUAUGUUAAUAAAAGCACUGUUAAUUAAAUAAAAAUUGAAUCAAACUAUAAAUAACUAAAAUUAAAUAUAAAUAGUUAAAUAAAUUUCAUAAUAAAAUCAAGACAGAGGAAACAAAAGCAAAUAACAACUUUAAAUAAGAACUAAUAAAUCAAGUAGAUAUAAUUAAUAAAAACCUCAACAAACAGGAAAAUAUUAUUUAAAAUUUGUUACGUUAACUUAUUAAUUGUAGCCAGCAUAAAACAAUAAAAAAAUAUUUUAGUAAAAGUAAUUAAAAAUGAAUAGAUCAAAGGCUAAAAGUUGUUAAAGUAAUUUGUCGGCAUUUAAUUCUAUUACUUCAAAACUCUGUUUAGCGAGCUUCGACAUGUUUGUAACACAAAAUACUUCGAUAUGAAAAAAUCUACUUAAAAAAACACAUUUAAAAUGUUAAAACAGCUGUACAUAAAAACAUUAAAAUAAUUGCUUUUUUGCUUAAUUCGAUGUCGAUCAAAAUGUCAAUUAAUUGUAAUUUAUCAUUGGUUCUUAUAUUCAAAAGUACGUCACAAUUGUUUGGAGCUAGCUGGAAAAACUCUGAAAAAUUUAACCGUAAGAUGUGAAAUCGUUGACAGUAAUGCAAUCGGGUGCAGCAGUUUCAAAACUUCAACUAACAAAUAAAAAACAAGCGCAACACAUUGUUUUGCACCAACAAAUACGCUUCGAAUAGUAAAAGUAAAAGAAAUGCAUAAAAAAUAUAACAAUCGCCAUUAACAUUUACAAAAACAAAAAGUAGGCAAAACCUCGUUAGCUGCAUCUUAGUGUUGAGCGAGCAUGCUCGUGAUAGUACGCCGCCGUAGUGUAAAAAGGUAUCGUGUCGCCAUAAUCCGUAAGCGUUGCACACGUUGAAAACCCACUUUCAAAUGGUGGUAGAUUGUAAAACAAAUUCCUAUUAUGUGCUUUUUUUUUUAAGUCCUCUCUCGCUUGUUAUGUAGUUUUACGCAUUUUUACAAGACAUUUAACACACCAUGCAAGGAUGUGUGUUGUGCAAACGCAGUUUUUGCAUGAAUUUAAAAUAUAAAAUACAAAUAAGGUCGUGUGUAAGAUUUUUUUUUGAUUUUUCCGGUUAAAUUGCUCACAGCAAUUCAACGUUCUUCCGACAGUCGAGCUGGUGUAAAUUGCUUGGAAAGGACAAAAAAGUAAAAUAAUAUUUAUUUCCCUUAAGUGAUCGACACAAUUGAUUGCAACAAUUGAUUGAUUCUUCAAUAGCAACAGUUGUAUGUAUGUAUUGCUGUUCUGAAUAUUCUACCACCAUCACGGUGGAAACGAAACGAAUGUAAAAAAACACUGCAAUAAAAAGCAACAUAAUAACUAUAUGCAAACACUCUAAAGAAAAUCUUCUGCUUGUCGCCCCUUGAGCUAUCUCCCAUCCCUGAGAAACAAUCAGCAACCAAUGAAACAAAUAACGCACUGAGUGCAAAACAACUUUUUAAACAAAUAUUUUAAAAAAAUCCGUUUUUUGUGGUUAUUACGAGCGCACAGUGCAAAGCAUAACAAGUAUUCACCGAACGAAGAACAAAAACAAAAUGCGGCAACGCAAGUAAACUACCUUCGAAAGAGUUUAAACCCAAAAAAAAAAAACAAACAAGAAGCAAACAAUAAGCAACAAAAGCAUUACAACACAGCAUUAAGAUAGAAUUAACAAAACGUAUAUAAUAGAAACAUUAAUGAACAAGAAACAGUAACACCCAUACACACACAAACAUAAGAUGGUAAGGUAAAUUAAAGCUGAAACCAAAACUGGAAGCGAACAAUUGUAGAAAGUUAGUUAGAAUUUUGUUAAAUUAUAUAUUUAAGCCGAGUUAGCGUAGCAAACAACAAAGGAAAAGCAAAAAAAUAAGAAACGAAGGAAAGGGAAACAAAAACACAUUCCCGUUCAUGUAAUAGAAGAAAGGAAUACGGCAAAAAAACAUAAAACUAAUGCAUGAUUGCGAGAAAAGGAAAGCAGAAAAAAAUACAUCAACAACAGAAUAUUAUAAAAAAAAGAAUGAAAAAUAUAAGCUGCUGGUGAUGAACAGAUGAGCAAAGAAGAAAGCUAAACAACAGUCACACACGCACACAAAACGAAUAACAAAUGAAACGAAGACAAAUUAUGGAAAUUUAUAGAGCAAAACAAAGAAUAAAAACAGAUUUGAAAGGUUGUGUAAUUAUUUAGAAAAUACCAAAAAAACAAAACAACAAACAAACAAAACUAUAAAUAUAUAUACAUGCAAUAUACAUAUACAUAUACAAAUAAUGCAAAAUUUGCAAGUAACAAAAGAACAAAGGAACGGUACACAAGAAAACAAAAGAAAGCAGAGAAGCAAACAAAAGAGAGGAGGAAAAUAAUAAUAUAAAAUAGAAGGAUGAAUAAAAUUUCGAAAAAGUCGAUCGAGAGUAAAGUGAAAGAAGAAAAUAUGGAAAAAGCGCGCUCAACGAUUAAAAAAAAAACGUAACGUGGUAGUAAGCGACAGAGGGUUUGCUAGAAAGAGGCUAAAAAUAUCAGGAGGAAAUAAAAGAAGAGCAAACAAAAAAAAGAAAACAAGAAAGAACGAAUCCAUUGUACAUAGGAA